AUGGCUAACUUAGGUCCGUAAAUUUAUUUAUUUUACAUCGGGAACCUUCCAAACACAUCGCUUCUUCACCUGCAUUCAGAAGUGGUAUAGCUGAAGCAAAGCGAGGCUGUACCAUAUUUCUGCAUGCAGAGUUUGACUCUCAGGUGUUAGGUAGGCCGUUGUGAAUUACAGCGGAAGGAGAAAAUGCUGUGUCACUGGGAAUGGGAAGGAAUUUCCUGAAGCGGGGAGCCGCUUAAACCUGCUGAAAUGAAGAGCUACCUACAAAACUCUUCUUGGUUUUGUAUCUCGAGAGGCUGGUCCAUGGCAGGGGGGCAGGAGGGGCUCUGUUCCCACCUGCCUGACUUUUUCCAACCAUCUCAGGGUUUGGUACUGACAACGUCCUCCUCCUCCACAGUGAUGCCUGUGUUGAACUGAACAGGAAAAGGAAUGGAGACAAGCAAACUAGAAUUGGUUGGUUCUCUUGUCAUUGGCUCUGGGCUCUCUGUCUUCUGCCCUCCCAGUCCCAAUGGACUCCAGCCCCCCCUCCCUGGAGUUGCAGAUUUCUGGGGCAGCAUCCCAGAGCCGCAUUUACAGAACUCCAGUUUUCAUGAUUUCCCAGGAAAGUGGAACUGAGCGUUAAAACUGGCAAAAAGCUGGUAGUUCUAGCUAUUGGAAAAAACAGGAGUAUUUUAAAGUUUAUUUCUGGAUCCCGCUUUAAAAUAUUAGACCUUGUGAACUUAAAAAUGCAGUCCAAACCGUGUCUACUCAGAAGCAAGUCCUAUUGAAUUCAGUGGGGCUUACCCCCAGGUAAAUGGGGUUAGGAUUGUAGCCUACGAUGUACACUGUUUUACUAACAACCUGAGAUAUCUACACCACUCAAUGCCACAAGUAUUUAAAUUAUGUUAUUUAACAUGCCCUUUCAUAAAUUUCCCAGUAAUUUAUAGGUUGUGUGAAUAGGAUGCUGGACUAGAUGGACCUUGGGCCUGAUCCAGCAGGGCUCUUCUUAUGUUGUUAACCCUUCCCUAUCACUUGUCCCCUUUUCCUACAGAUGACUUGGACUAUUGGACAACCAAGACCGUUGGAGAGGCCCAAUGGAAAAUUCAGGAAGUGUCUGAAAAGGCCUCACUGCGACUUGGAAUGAGGGACUUUCUUCUGCGGAACCGCCCUGUGGAUGAUGGGCCCUGUCUUCAGGUUAAAAAAUGCUUUGCUGCUUGUGAUGGGUAAGGAUAAUACUGUUUGAUCUGGGAUUCAGCUGGAGAUGGGGAGAGCGAUUCACUGUUUUCCUGUGGGGAAUCUUGGGCCGGCAUGGAAGCCUGCCUUUAGAUACCCUCUCCUCAAUCCUGGACCAGUUUCUUAAAAUAUUAAUAAUAAUAAUCACAACUUACAUCAACAAGUUCAAUCUAUUGAGUUCUUUUUAAUAGCCAAUAAAUUGGUAUAGGGUCAGACACACCUGCGUGAAACUGCAACCAUUCUCCCCCCCCCCCCCCGCAAAAAAACCCCCAUGUACAGUGGUACCUUGGUUUUCGAACUUAAUCCGUUCCGGGAAUCCGUCCGACUCCUGAAACCAUUCAAAAACCUAUUGAUGUUUUGCAACUUUGACCUGUUGCAGGACCUUAGCCAGACCUUAGCAGAGCAUACACAGAGUUCUAGAAAGCAAUCAGUUGCAAGCAUGAUGGAUGAAGCAGGAACAAAAUGCUGCUACUAGUAACUUGAUUACUUAUAAGGUGUUUAUUAUUUACAGCAGACUCUACAAGUUACUAUAUACAUGAACAGAUGCACGGAUCUUAACUAGCUCUCUCUUAACAAACUACAAACGACUCUCAGAACACCACACUGACCAACCAACACAUUCCAGUCAGUAAGGUCAUAAAUCAUCACGCCUGUGUGAGACUUCAACCAAUGGUAGAGCUGUUUCCAAAACUUCAUAUCUCUAGGCAGAUAACUCCUCUGCUCAGUCUUCUUGGCCGGCUAGCUCCUAAUUGACUCUGUGUGAGCCAGUGUAGUGUAGUGGUUAAGAGCGGUAGUCUCGUAAUCUGGGGAACCGGGUUCGCGUCUCCGCUCCUCCACCUGCAGCUGCUGGGUGACCAUGGGCCAGUCACACUUCUUUGAAGUCUCUCAGCCCCACUCACCUCACAGAGUGUUUGUUGUGGGGGAGGAAGGGAAAGGAGAACGUUAGCCGCUUUGAGACUCCUUGAAAGGGAGUGAAAGGCGGGAUAUCAAAUCCAAACUCUUCUUCUUCUUCUUCUUCUGUGUGAAGCUGCACAGAAUUGCACGUAGUCAAAAAACCCAACAGGCGCGGCUUCUGAUCAGUUGCAAGGAGCUUCCUGCACUCAAACAGAAGCUGCGUCAAACAUUUGGCUUCUGAAAAGUGCCUGCAAACUGGAACAUUUACUUCCAGGUUUGUGGCAUUCAGGGGCAAAAUUGUUUGAGUACCAAGGCAUUUGAGAACCAAGGUACCACUGUAUUAACUUCUCAGCCCGGAAUGUAGGAAGGACCACAGCUCACCUGCUCCGCAUGCAGAAAGUCCUGGGUACAAUCCCUCGGAUCUCCAGGUAGGGUCAGGAGAGAUUCCCUGAAACCCUGGAGAGCCACUGCCAGUCAGUGUAGGCUAUGUUGAGCUAGAUGGAACAAUGUUAUAAGGCAGCUUUGUAUGUUUUAUACGCUGAUCAGAACACCAUGCUGCCUCUCAGGAGGCUAACAGGCGCUAGGAAGAGCGUUCCCACAACCUCUGGUUUCUGGCCUGCUUUCAGCUUUGUGGGUCGUGUGUUGCACAGGACUGUUUCAAAGCCCUGCCACAGGGAGUGGAUUUCAGCUUUGCAACUUCCUUCUUGCACACUAAACCAGGCAGGAUCCAGUACCAACCAACCAACGUCCCCAAAACGGAGACCAGGAUUUCCCUAGAGCACCACGUUAAUAAGUGGCCAAGCCCCAGUGCCCUUCUGCAAUGAGGCUUGCUAGUCAUCUCCAUGGGUGGGUUGAUGAGCCUCCUUCAAUGGGCUGCAUUUGGCUUGGCGCUUCUGGCGGCUGACUGGAGCAAAAGGCAGGAUAGUGAUGGUGUUACUUUCUGGUUUUCACUUAGGCUCUGCGCCAAGUCUCAGUUCAUCAUCUUGAAGGACGAAGGCUACUGGGAUGAGCUGAUAGACAGGGUCAAACCCACUGUUGUGGUGACGGACUGGUGAGUGCAGUGUGUGCCAUUGUGGCUAUUGGUGAGUUUGUGUGGCAAGAAGACAGUCUCAAAGGUUCCAGUAGAUCAAAAGGAUAGAAGUGGCCAAUGGGUUGGCCAUGUCAUGGAAAUUCUACUCCAUAUUGAUCCAGAGUAGAUUCCAAUGUACAGUGGUAUCUUGGGUUGAGUACUUAAUUCGUUCCGGAGGUCCGUUCUUAACCUGAAACUGUUCUUAACCUGAAGCACCACUUUAGCUAAUGGGGCCUCCUACUGCCGCCGCACCGUCGGAGCACGAUUUCUGUUCUCAUCCUGAAGCAAAGUUCUUAACCUGAAGCACUAUUUCUGGGUUAGCGGAGUCUGUAACCUGAAGCGUAUGUAACCCGAGGUACCACUGUAUAGUUAGUAGAGCAAAAACUCAAACAUGUUGCAGGAUUCCCAAAAAUAGAUCAGAGGCAAUUAUAUUUCAUCCAGCAGAGCUUUACUGCUACUGAAGGCAAAUGAGCAUUAUGGUCGCAAAUCCAAUACAUUCAGGAUUGGCACUGUCCAUAAGAAAUCCAGUUGCAGCAGAAUUAACUUAAACUUACAAUAACUUAUAAUAAGUUUAAACCUUAACACUAAACAUACUAUGUACAGAACACCACACCAGAAAGAAGAAGAGACAGAAAGAGAGAGAAACGCAGGGUCCUUCUGGCCUCACUAUUAUAGUUCACAUGACCUUGACUGAAAGAGAUAACAGAACCAAUUUAAACCAGCUGUACUCGGCUUCUCUGAAGGAAUAACCCAAACAUCAUGAACUUUCUGCUUCUUUCUUUCACACAGAGAUGCUUCCAGAACCCUCUUGAAUUAAUUAGAUUAGGAAAGAUCUCUGCACAUCAGAUCAAUACUUUCUGGACUAAGAAAUGCAGAUGGACAGGACAAUGGUGCAGGUCUGAUUGAACCUAGGGUUCAGGACCAUGGGAAGUUCCAGAGUUGGCCAGCGAGUUAGAUGGAUUGGGACAAGUGUGUCUGAUAGGACCUGGAUUUCAGGACCACGGACAGUUCCAAAGAUGGCAAUAGGCUGCAACAGUGGUCCAACUUUUUUGGACCUGCGCAGACUUUCACUACCAUGCCAAGCCCAGCUUUGGUGGCGUGACAGCUUCCUUAAAAUAUCCAUAUUGCUUUCCUAAGGUGGACAGUGACUGACUGCCAGUUACCCUGGCCAGCAAAACUCUGUCAUCAUGGCUUCUAACAACAUGGGUGGGGUGGGCUCCAGCAGGGGCCUCUGGCUGGUAGCUGGAGUGUACAGGAUUGCUGGCUCUGAAGUUCAACUCCUGAGGGGUUGUAUUUUCCUUUCAGACAGGGCUGCUGGAUGAGACCUUCACAAUCCUUGUGGGUACCAGAAUCACGGGUUGCAGUUCUGUCCCAGCCACAGGGUCAUCCGCUACCAAAUGCCCAGUGGUGAUCGGCAGGAGAGAGGCCAAGAUGAUAUCUAUUACAACUUUGACAAUUAUUAGAGGAAGAGAAGAGGAUUCUGGGCUAAGAUGGGCCAUUAUCCUGAUCCACCAGCCAGGCUCUUCUUAGAUUUUAGCUCCUUGUGAGAGUGAGGAUUCAGUACAAUUUUUAUGGUGUGGCAUAUUCUCUGUUUCCCUGUCUCUCAAUAUAGUUUUUACUGCACCAAAGGCACCCAAUACCAGCUGCGGGUACAGCUGUUAUCAGCAGACUUCAAGGUCCUAAGAGAGCGGUGUUCUGAAGACUUGUUCAUGAAUGGAUCUAAACAUGGAAGGUGGCGAGAGGUAAGAAGGAAGACGGUUCGGAAGCUUCAGCUGGUGCAGAAUUUGGCAGCCAGGUUGCUCACCAAGGCAAGAUGGUUUGAGCAUAUUACACCUGGCACCAACUGUACCAGCUUCCAAUUAGUUUCUGGACCCAAUUAAUUCAAAAGUGCUGGUUUUGACCUAUAAAGCCUUAAACGGCUCAGGACCGUAAUACUUCAAGGACUGCCUCUCCCCAUAUAAACUGACCCGGACCCUGCAAUCAUCAUCUGAGACCCACCUUCGUGUGCCCCUUCCAUCAGAAGUCCAGAAGGUGGCAACCCAAGAGCCAGGGCCUUUUCUGCAGUGGCUCCCCAUUUGUGGAAUGCUCUCCUCGGGGAGGUUCACCUGGUGCCCUCAUUAUAUAUCUUUAGGUGCCAGAUGAAAACGUUUCUCUUCAACCAGGCCUUAUGCUGAUUAAUAUUCUACAGCCUUUAAAAUAUGUUUGUGGGAGGGAGGUUACUGUUUUGUUGUUUUUGUUUUGACCAUUUAUUUGUGCUUUCACCUUGUAUUUUCACCUUGUGAACUGCUCUGAGAUCUUGAGAUGAAGGGGAGUAUAUAAGUCAAAUAAAUAAAUAAAACUUAACUGUAAGCCACCCAGAGUCGCUGGGAAAACCCAGCCAGAUGGGCAGGGUAUAAAUAAUAUUUUUUUUUUACAGUGGUACCUUGAUUCCUGAACACCUUGGUACUCGUACGUUUUGGCUUCCGAACAAUCGAAACCUGGAAGUGAGUCUUCUGGUUUUCUAACGCUUUCGGAAGCCAAACAUCCACUGCGGCUUCCACUAUUGUUUCUGCGCACCUGCACCUUGGUUUUGGAAAAUGAAUGGAUUUCUGGAACACAUUCUGUUCAGGAACCAAGAUAACACUGUUUGUUUUUAUUUAUUUAUUUAUUUAUUUAUUAAUAACCUGGGUGGAAGGUUGGGGCCCCAGGAGUCACAGUCUGCAGCAAAUGGGUCCUAAGAGAGAUUUCUGCCUUGCCCCCUAUCUUUGUGGGGUUCACCUCUGUUGCACAAUUUCUACUGUGCUCUUCCAUUUUGGAACAGUUGUGUGUAUUCCGUAACUGUCUCGAUAUAACUAUUCAUUCCUUUUACAGCUUUUAAAAGAUUACUGUUGCAUUUUUGUUCCUCUUGCAUUUAUGGCUGUUUUUAUUACGUACUCUAAAGGUAAAGGUAAAGGACCCCUGACAGUUAAGUCCAGUCAUGAACAACUUUGGGGUUGCGGCACUCAUCUCGCUUUACUGGUUGAGGGAGCCGACGUUUGUCCGCAGGCAGUUUUUCCGGGUCAUGUGGCCAGCAUGACUCUGGCGAAACCAGAGCAGUGCACGGAAACACUGUUUACCUUCCCGCCAGAGUGGUACCUAUUUAUCUACUUGCACUUUGAUGUGCUUUUGAUCUGCUAGCUUGGCAGGAGCUGAGACCAAGCAACGGGAGCUCACCUCGUCGCGGGGGUUCGAACCACCGACCUUCCCCCUAGGCAGGCCCUAGGCUCAGUGGUUUAGAGACCACAGUGCCACCCGCGUCCCUUAUUAUGUACUCUAGACAAAUUUUAUUUUUGCAUUUGCAAAUCUUAUUUUGAAAAUUACAGUGGUACCUUGGUUUCUGAACGUCUCUGUUGACAAAGCUUUUCCGUUUUUGAACGCCAUAAACCCUGAAAGUAAAUGCUUCGGUUUUCAAACACACCUCGGAAGUCAAACAUGCCGAGAUACCACUGUAUGUUAUUUUUCUCAAUUUUGUUUAUUAAAUUUGCAGACUUUCCUUUGCGCCUCUGUUUUCGAACGUUUCAGAACUCGAACGGUCUUCCGGAACAGAUUAUGUUUGGAAACUGAGGUACAACUGUAUUUUGAAAUAAAUGCUGCAACAGCCUUCCCUAUGGGACAUUUUGAUGAAGGGACAGGCAAGGAAUAAUAAUGCAUAAAUGAAACUUUACCCAAAUCACCACCCAUCUUUCUCUCCCCCCCCCCAAUCCUGUAGGUUUGUUACUCCAUCUUUGGCUGCCCUCCUGGUGUCCGCUACAUCUACUUUGAACACCGAGGCCAAAAUGUCAACGAACGUAACCAUAAGGGUGUGCGCAUAACUAACACCAGCAUCACCCUUAAGUUUACUUACACUGUUGGUCAACGGAACUGAUUUGCUGAAUUCCCUUUGAAGCAGGAGAGAACAGAAAGCACACCCCUUCUUUGGCUGGGCCAAUUGUUUUUUUACUUGUUCUUGUGCGAGUGAGACUCUUACAAGGUAUUUUUUGGUACCGCAGAAUAAAUGCAUUUUUAAUUAUUUUUGUGAUCUGUUGCUGUUGCCACAUGUCUGUACGGCCUCCUGCUUUUUGAGGUAGGACACAUAUCAAUAUAUAUAUUGAAAUGUGGCAAAAUGGUCAGAGUGUCAGACUAGGGCCUUGGGAGAUGCCGGGUUCAAAUUCUGCCCCCCCCCCACUUUGCCAUGAGGCUCACUGGGUGAUUUUGGGCCAGUCAUGGAUUCCUGGCCUAACCUACCUUGCAGGGUUCUUAAUGGGGGGAUUAAAUGAGGAGGGGAAGAACCAUGCAAGGCACCUGGAACUCCUUGGAGAAAAAGGUGGGAUAUCAAAUUCAAUAAAUAGAAAUUAAAAUACAGGAAGGGAAGGCAACAGGAGAAUGUUGUUGGCAUCCAUCUGCCUCGGAAACAAUGGUGGAAUGUGCCUUUGGGAGUGAAGUCAAACUGUUGGGAGGUUGCAGCGUCUGCUGUGGCUGCAGAGACCAAUGCCAAAUGAAGGCAGGUGAAGGAAUAAUAAUAAUAAAAAUAAAAUAUAAAUUAUAAAAAUUAAUUAAUAAUAAUAAUAAUACAUACAUACAUACCCCACCCAUCUGGCUGGGUUUCCCCAGCCACUCUGGGCGGCUCCCAACAGAAUAUUAAACAGAAUAAAACAUCAAACAUUAAAAACUUCCCUAAACAGGACCGCCUUCAGAUGUCUUCUAAAAGUCAGAUAGUUGUUUAUUUCCUUGACAUCUGAAGGGAGGGCGUUCCACAGGGCGGGCGCCACCACUGAGAAGGCCCUCUGCCUGGUUCCUUGUAACCUCACAUCUCACAGUGAGGGAACCGCCAGAAGGCCCUCAGUGCUGGACCUCAGUGUCCGUGCUGAACAAUGGGGGUGGAGACGCUCCUUCAGGUAUACUGGGCCAAGGCUGUUUAGGGCUUUAAAGGUCGGCACCUAGUUGUGCUGCUGCAGAUGCACCAUGGCUGUUUUUUUCCCCUGCUUUCUGCUUUCUGAACCAACGCCAUCUUUCCGGACUUGAUGAGGCCCUAAGCUACUGAAGGUAAUGGGCCCCUUUAUAUGUCCAGCUGUCCUUUGUCAACAACAAAUGGUCGCUGGUUUUUUGUGUUGGAUACAUGCUAUAUGGUAAUUUAUGGACCUAAUAGGUAUCUAAAGCCAUUUUUUGUUUUUUAUCUUAUAUUUUGGAAAUGUACAUCCAGUCCCCCCCCCUUUAAAUUCUUUGGGGCCUCCAAGAGAGUGGGGCCCUAAGGUAUAGCUUGUUUAGCUUAGACGUAAAUCCGGCACUGGGUUGGCAGAAAUGUCCAAAUGUUUCUUUGAUUUGUCCUUGGAUCUUCCCGCCCCACUUGCCAUCCUCCUCCCCACGCCACAUUCCUUGAGAACCUAUGAACCCUUUCGUAAUUUAAAACAUAAAAGCAAGAAAAUGUCCACCUCUCUCCCCCUUUUCUUUCUAAUGUCUCAACAAACAAAACUGAUCUGUUAAAAAUGUUACUUGGGGGGAAAAAAGGAGAGAGAGAGAGAGAGAGACAUUGCACAUACUUUUGUAAACCAAGAAAAUCUGUAAUAAAAAUACAUUAAAAAAAAGAGCAAGAAGAUCAAGAAGCUGCGCUCUUCUGACACGAGGCUAAGACCCGAAGUCCGUCGUGGGAUUUAACUUCCUAGUUAACGUCACACCUCGCGCGUUGGACUGCAGGAGGACCGUAUCUGCAAGGAGCUGCGUGAGGACAGCAGACGCGCGUCAUCGCCUUGCCCGGGAUUCCCAUCUCCGGACCGCCCACGGAGGGGGAGGCGCCGCCUGCGUAGUCCGCCCUUCCCCUCCCCGGAGGAGGCAAAGCAGCAGCGGGGUGAAGGGGGAACGGUUCCUGGUUCUCAGCUUCUUCCCACUUGUCCUGCCUGCCUGCCUGCCUUCGGAAGCCGAGCGGGGCAGAGACUGCUCAUCUUUCCCAGCUGGAUCCUGCUCGCUUCCUAGUCCAGGUAAACGCCCCCAAAGGCGGUCCUUUGAGGGUAAGGCGCGCCUGGCUGGAGUGGGGGGACGUCUUAAGUCUUGGGUAAAGGUAAAAGGUAAAGGUCCAUUAGGUCCAGUCGUGGCCGACUCUGGGGUUGCGGCGCUCAUCUCACUUUACUGGCCGAGGGAGCCGCGUACAGCUUCCGGGUCAUGUGGCCAGCAUGACCAAGCCACUUCUGGUGAACCUAGAUCAGCGCAGGGAAACGCCGUUUACCUUCCCGCCAGAGCGGUACCUAUUUAUCUACUUGCGUUUUGACCUGCUUUCGAACUGCUAGGUUGGCAGGAGCAGGGACCGAGCAACGGGAGCUCACCCCGUCGCGGGGAUUCAAACUGCCGACCUUCUGAUCAGCAAGUCCUAGGCUCUGUGGUUUAACCCACCAAAGUCUUGGGUAGGAUCAGCAAAAAGGGAGUUAGUUGGGCAGUGGUCCUAAGAAAGCUUGGGAGCUGUUCGGUAGCAGGGGGUGGUGAAAGAGGAUGCCCCUGAACAUGUGCAGAGUGCCACUCUUCCAACAUGCUCAUGGCCUCAGGUCAAUGCGAGAGAGCAGGAACUGAAACUGGAGAAUUUUCUUGCUCAUAGAAUCUUAGGGUUCUGAGGACCCUCUCUAGUCCAACUUCUGCAAUGCAGGAAUAAAGCUGUCCCACAUGGGGAUUGAACCUGCGACCUUGGCGUUAUCAGUGCCACACUUCUAACCAACUGAGCUACCCAGUAUUGUAUCAUGCUUAUUAGGGUUUGCACAGAAUGUUCUUUUAUGCCCCCGGCGACAACCCUGCGAGGCAGCCCAGUUCCUAUAUGCAACCUCUGGAUUUCGGAAUCUGAGAAUACCACUCAGUGAGUGGAGUGGGGGCUGCUGGCAUCAUGCCCUGUUGUGGGCUUCCUGGUGGGACCUGGUUUGCCUGCCCCCCCCAAAGGGUCACAGGAUGCUGCAUAAGAUGGCCCUUUGUGGUCUGAUCUAGAAAGGCCCUUCUUGUCUCCCCUUAAACCUCCCCAUCGCAAAGGGCCAUAGCUCAGAGAUCUGCCUUGCAUACAAAAGUCCCCAGCAUCUCCAGUUACAAUUGGGAGACUUCUGCCCAAAAUCUUGCCAGUCAGUGUAGACAAUACUAAGCCAAGUGGGCCACUGUUCUGACUCAGUAUAAUAAAGUUCCUAUUUAAUGUAGCCGUAAUUUGGAACCAUGAGGACUAGAAUCUUACUUUGUUUUUAGGGAAAAGACCACAGUAGUAGAGUGUACAGAAAGUGCUAGGUUCAGUUCCCAGCAUCUCCAGGUUGGGUUGGGACUAUCCUCUGCCUGAAGCACUGGAGAGCCGCUGCCAGUCAGUGUAGACAAUACUGAGCCAGAUGGACCAGCUGGCCUGACUCUGUAUAAGGCAGUUUCCUGUGCUCCUAUAAGAAGCAGAGAGGGAUAGGGAUGGGGAACCCGCAGGCAAAUCCUCUCUUCCCAGGCUUUGCCCAUCACCAGCCUUAUUUCAUACCUUCCUUAAGAGUUUUUGCCUGGCCUGAAUGUGUUCUUGAACUCAGAUCCUGCAUCUGGCUUGCCUGGAUGGAGGACAAAGAAGUGUGUGAGCUCCUCUGCUGUACAAAAAGUUCCAAAUUAAUAUUUGCUGCUCUGCCCUAUUUUGCUUCUGGCCCCACCCACCAUUGGCCCCCGGGAGACUCCCUAGAAAGGAAUGUGGCCCUCAUGCUGCAGAAGAUUCACCACACAGAUCUAUGGCCCACCUAUGCAGCAGAGGCAAAAAAGUCUGAACCGGGGACCACCUGCACCUGCUCUUCUCCUUUUGCUUCUGAAGGCCUCUGACGCUUGGAGACAGCUUCCACGUCAAGGAUGCUCAUGAGAUUGGCAUCUGCUUCCUGCAAAUGGACUUCAUGUGACCCUCUUCCCUUUUAUGGUUCUGUUUUGUUUUUCUUCUUCGCAGGCCCUUGAAGGGAGAUGA